UUCAGUCCGCGAAGCUGUCCGCGGCCGCCGGGAGGGCCCAUGCCUCUCCGCGGCCGCCGUAGUCGAAUAGGGGUGGGGGUGGGGGGGAAAAGGUUGCCCGGCAACGAGAAAAAACAACCGGAACCAUCGGCUCCAGCUCUGAAAGAACCAAGAGGUACAAUAGGCAGUUCCUUCCAAGGAGAUGUCGAUUCCAUUCUCCAACACCCACUACCGAAUUCCACAAGGAUUUGGGAAUCUUCUUGAAGGGCUGACACGCGAGAUUCUGAGGGAGCAACCGGACAAUAUACCGGCUUUUGCAGCAGCAUAUUUUGAGAAUCUUCUAGAGAAAAGAGAGAAAACCAACUUUGAUCCAGCAGAGUGGGGGACUAAGGUAGACGACCGCUUCUAUAACAAUCAUGCAUUCAAGGAGCAAGAACCACCUGAGAAGUGUCCGCCUGGAAAAGAAAAGUCUCAGACAUCUAUGAAAGAGGAGACAUCCUUAAAAUCUUCUGAAGAAGACAAGGACAAACAGAAGGCUGCUGUCAAAAUCCAAGCAGCCUUCCGGGGACACUUAGCCAGACAGGAGGUAAAGAAAAUGAAAUUGGGUGAUGGUCAAGAAAACAAAAGACAGGAAAGCAAGUGAGGAGACUGGCUUUACCCCCCACCUCUGCCAGAAAACACGAAAAAAUAAUCCAAAUCCAUCAACCUUGCUGUCAUUGUCUUUUUUUCUUAGUAAGUGAGACUUGAUGUAGUGAAGUAACAUUUGUUGCUGUUGUGAAAAUCUGUCAUGAGCAUUUGUUUAAUAAACAUGCCAUUGAACACAU